UGCGCGCAGGAUGCGCGGCGGCUGCGCGGCGGUGCUGGCGCUGGUGCCGGCGCUGCCCUGGCUGGUGCCGGCCGUCCUGGCCGUCCUGGCCCGGCAGUCCUCCGAAAAACCGUCGGCCGCGCCGCUGCUGACCCGACGGCCCUUCCUGGUGGCCUGGAACGCGCCCACGCAGGACUGCAAGCCCCGCUUCCAGGUGGCCCUGGACUUCAGCAUCUUCGACCUGCACGCGUCGCCCAACGAGGGCUUCGUGGACCAGAACCUCACCAUCUUCUACAAGGAGCGCCUGGGGCUCUACCCCUACUACAACAAGCGGUGGGAGCCCGUCAACGGCGGCGUGCCGCAGCAGAGCAGCCUGGCUGAGCACCUGGCCCGGCUGCAGGAGGGCAUCGGCAAGUACAUCCGCUCGGCCACCUCGGAGGGGCUGGCGGUCAUCGACUGGGAGGAGUGGCGGCCCAUCUGGAUGCGCAACUGGAAGCCCAAGGACGUGUACCAGGAGGUGUCCCGGGAGCUGGUGAAGCAGAGGCAGCCGUCCUGGUCCCCGGAGGAGGUGAACAAGCAGGCGGUCUUCGAGUUCGAGUCGGCCGCGCGGCAGUUCAUGGUGAGAACGCUGCGCUAUGCCAAGAGCUUCCGGCCCAAGCAGCUCUGGGGGUAUUACCUCUUCCCCGACUGCUACAACCACGACUACAGCAAGAACAAGGAGAGCUACACGGGGCAGUGCCCCGAUGUGGAGAAGACGCGCAAUGACCAGCUGGCGUGGCUGUGGAACGAGAGCCUGGCGCUCUACCCCUCCAUCUACCUCGACCCGCUCCUGGCUUCCACACCCAACAGCCGGAAGUUUGUCCGGGCGCGGGUGAUGGAGGCCAUGCGCAUCUCGCGGCAGCACCACGAGGGCUACAGCCUGCCUGUCUUCGUCUACACGAGGCCCACCUACAGCCGCAAGAUGGAUGUGCUCAGCCAGCCGGACCUCAUCUCCACCAUCGGCGAGAGCGCAGCGCUGGGAGCAGCAGGGGUCAUUUUCUGGGGUGACGUGGAGUACACCAAAAACCGGGAGUCAUGCCAGACAAUCAAGGAUUACAUGGAAGGAGACCUGGGCCGCUACAUUGUCAACGUGACGACGGCAGCACAGCACUGCAGCAUAACGCUGUGCCAGGGACAGGGCCGCUGCCUGCGCAAGAACAGCACCGCCAACGUCUUCCUGCACCUCAACCCGGCCACCUUCCAGCUGCAGCACCGGGACGAGGAGCAGCCCCAGCGUCCUCUCAUCUGGGCUAAGGGCCACCUGUCUCAUACUGACAUCCAUUUCCUACAGACCCACUUUCGCUGUCACUGUUACCAGGGCUGGCAGGGCAACUCCUGCCAGCAGCCAGCUGGACCUCAUGGGGGUGCCCCUGGCCUCCUGGCACCGAUGGGUCUGGGGGUGCUGCUGGUGUUCUUGAUGUGGUGCUAGCCAGGCCAGACUGCACCUUUUCUGUAGUGGUGUAGCGGACCGGUUGGAGACAGCCCUGAAUCGCCUGCUGGCAGCUCACUGUUGGGAUGCCUCAGGAUAGUGGGGUUGCCUUCUGCCCUCUGUGCUAAGGGGCUGGGGACAGAGGGCGGGGUUUUUUUGGGGGGGGAAGGGGAAGGGAACCUCUCCUGUUGUAAGGAGAGGAAAUGGGGCAAGAGGGGUAUGGGGGCAGGGAGGUGGGUGCUGCGUGGUGCUGAGCCCCCGUGCGCUGCCCGACACCAAAGUGCUUUACCUCAAUUAAAGCUGGAGGAGCGAGAGAA